GAUCUGUAAGUUCUGAGAGCCGGUUCCAUAGUCAGCCAUGUCUAGUGUGCGUGAACUGAAAGAUCCCUUUGGCCGAGGAAGUGGUAUUGUGAAGAUUUAUGGCGAACGUCAUCUGCUAGAAAUGGAAGAUGAUUAUCAACAUCCUGAUGAAGAACUGGAGUAUUUGAUCGAAAAUCAACUGCAGGAUGAUGACGGGAGUGAAUCUUUCCGGAAGCUGAAACAUCUUGUAAACCAUGUUUACGGACCGCAUUGUAAUUGUGAUAAGAAUAAAUGUUGCACUACCAAAUCGGAAUCUUGUCUGUUGGGUGGCAACUAUGAACCUAAUGGUGCUGAACUUGUAGUGAGAGACAAUUUAGAAGUUAUAUUCGAGUGUGUGGAGGCGUGCCGUUGUACGGCACUCUGCUGGAAUCGAUUGAUGCAGUAUGGGCCAAGAAAACAGCUCGCCAUCAGACCUAGUCUUAAUAUUCCGAAUCAACUGGGGCUCUUUACCCGACUGGCAAUCCCGAAAGGUGGCUUUGUCUGUGAAUAUGCCGGAGAAAUUCUCACUCGAGCUGAAGCAGAGAAACGAAAUCGGUUGAAUGAUCCCAGUGGACAAAAUAAUUAUGUGCUUUGUUUAAACGAGAUACUUCCGACGCAGAACACUAAAAUACAAACCUUCAUCGACCCAGAGAAAAGAGGGAACAUUGGACGCUACCUAAAUCAUAGCUGUGAUCCAAAUUGUCGGACCGUUUCCGUCCACAUCGAGGGACCUCCAGCUAGGAUAGGAAUUUUCGCCCAACGAGACGUUCUACCAGAAGAAGAACUAUUUUUCGAUUAUGGUGGAGGAAGACCGGAUCCGUCAAUCGGUUCUGUGAAAUGCUUUUGCGGCUCAUCGAACUGUCGCGGAAAUCUACCUUCGCUGCGGUACUGAAAGUGCUUUACUUUGUUCCG